AUGAACUCUAUGCUUCAAUGUCUGAGCAACACUUCAGAGUUGCGUUUCAUCUGCUUGAAUGAUGUCUAUACUUCUGAACUCAAUGUUAACAGUACCAUGAGAGGCAAUCUAUUCAAGGCAUACGCCGAUUUAGCACACCAAAUGUGGUCAUCAAUUAGCAGUGGUGUGAGCUACAUCAGUCCACAACGCUUCCGUUCACAAAUCCAGAGAUACGCUCCUCGAUUCCUUGGUAAUUCCCAGCAAGAUGCUCAAGAAUUCCUUCGUUAUCUUGUCCAAGGCCUUCAUGAGGAUGUAAACAGGGUAACUCAUCGACCGACCAUUGAGCCUCCUGACUAUGAUAAGGAGGACAAAAUGCCGGAUAGCAAAAAGGCCGAACUUUAUUGGCGUCGCUAUAAAUCCAUUGACGACAGUUUAAUAUCUGAUCUGUUUAUGGGACAAUUGAUGAGUACUCUGGAAUGUUUGCAAUGCCAUCAUCAGUCAACCACCUUUGAUCCUUUCUGGGAUCUUAGUCUUCCAAUUCCUCCACUGAACAAGGUCGGUAUCGAGGACUGUUUCAAUCACUUCACUUCGGAUGAGAUUCUGGGAGGGUCUGAACAACCGACCUGCAAUGGUUGCAAACUUAGGCAACCCUGUCGAAAGAGGUUCUCUAUCCAGCGCUUCCCGAAAAUUCUCGUUAUUCACUUCAAGCGCUUCUCUGGUGACAGGUCAGGAUCGAAAAUCAAUACUUUCAUCGAUUACCCUAUUGAAUGUCUUGAUCUCACUCGAUACAUUUCUCAUCACUCAUCAGAAACGGAUGCUCGAUAUCAACUCUACGCAGUGUCGAAUCACAUCGGUAACGUUUUUCUGGGCCAUUACACUGCCUGUUGCCGGCAUCCUGAUCUUAAAUCCUGGCACCUCUUUAACGAUCAAAUCGUCAGGCAAAUUGAACCACGGGAGGCGGUAUCAGCACAGGCAUACGUCCUUUUCUACCAUCGAAUUAACUAA